UUGACUCAUUCGACUAAAAGUUCUCACAAACUCAGAUCUUUUGACAGUUAGUGACAGCCUCCUCUAUUUCCCGUGUUCGAUUGCCAUGGUUGGGACGGCUAAAAGAAGAACCACUCUGAGCGCGAUCGAUCCUUUACAAGAUAGGUUGGCACCAUUCAUGCAUGGCUCCAGCCAGCUUCACUUGACUCCACGCAACCUCCUUGCCAUCAUUAAAAUCAAGCUGAAGAAGUUGUGAAAGAAACCAUGGUGCGCUACCUUUGGUCGAGGAUCCUCGUCCUCGUCACAUCGCUCUGUUUCUCAGCAGCCAGUAAAAGUACUGGAAAUGGGGAUCAUCAAGCCAUCAAGGUUCUCGAUGUAGGUGGUACCCUCGAUGCCGACCCGGCCUUGCAGAUUUCCGUCCUCUCUUGUAUCGGGUUAUUCAAUCGCAACGAGAGCAUUGCUGGAGCCGCAUUCCCCGUUUGGUAUCAAUACGAUCUCGAUUGGCUGGCAGCCAUUGAGCACAUUCAAGAUCCAACCUAUACCAAGACGUGGGAUUUCUUGGUCGAGUGCCUCACCACCGUUGCUCAGGGACGGUACAUUGCCUACAAAUUUCGGCCCCAACAAAAGCUUGUCCCCAACAUUAUCACCUUGGCAGGAGUACUCGAUGCCAUUCCUCUCACCAUGGACUCCAACAUCACUACGGCACUCCUGGCCAAGGUGGCCAAUGCCACCAUGGUAUUGGACGCGGAAAAGGAAUUCGACGGAUUCUCGGCAUACGAUGCCACCAAGUACGUCUACGAAAACUACGCCAACCUGACCACCACCCUUUGCAAGUUGGAUCCAGGAUAUGACUUUUCCCACCCGCAUUUAGACCCACCUUGUAAUGGCCAUCCCGCGUCGGGAUCGGUCGAUUAUGUGGUCAAGGAACGACUCUUUAACUUUUACCUGGUGGAAGGAUGUAUUGCCCACACGCAAGAAAAUGCUCUCGUUGCGGAAAUGACACAACACGACAAUCCCAAAACCAAACAAUGGCCACAACCCAUUGCUGUAUUGGGAUAUGACGACGUCCAUAUCGGACAUAGCUUUGAUCCAUGGGAGGCCCAGACCAGCUGUGUCAAGAAUCACAACAUGGGUGGGGUCUGCACCGAUUGGGCUACCGGACUCUCCUUUUGGUCGCGAAAGGCACCCAUUCAAAAGCCACUGGUACAACCGUACACUCCUCCACAAGUCUACAAUGAUUCGACAACCUACAUUGCCUUGGUGGUGGGAGAUGGGGAUAAUGUGGGAAUGAUGAAAACACGCAAUCUGGAUUGGACCCGCAAGCGAGUCAGCUACUGCCGUAAUGCCACCAUGCCCCACAAUUGCUUUCCCAUUAGUUGGACCAUUUCCCCUCAUUUGUUGCAUUUUGCGCCCGACAUUGUCCAAUAUUACUUUGGGCAAAACACGACGCAAGAUUUCUUCCUCCUCCCGCCCAGUGGAUACUUGUAUGCCUAUCCCACCAUGUUUCAAGAAGACGAUCAAGCCAGUUUUGUGGCCAAAACGGAACAUGUGGCGCACCUGUUGAAUACAUCGGGCACGGUCGAUUGGGAGUGGCCCUUGGGGUGGAAAAAGGCCAUUAGUCACUACUUUCCUCGUUAUGCGGCCAAAUCUAUGGUCCGUGGAUUCUUUGGAGUCAAUGUUCCCUUUAAUGCACCCAACUUUGAAUUUGGACGGAAUGAAUUCUACAAACUGCUGCAUCCAAAGGCAACCGAGGGUAGUAGCGAUGAUGGUGGAACUGUCGUUCUCUUCAGACCAAGGGAAUGGCGCGGAUCCAGUGGCAAAGGCGAUGUUCCCUUUAGCAAGAAAAAUAACCUCCUUCCCAAGGACAUGGCAGCCGAGGUGAAUGGGUAUCCCAAAGGCACGGUUUGCUACAUUUACCUGACAUCGGAUGGUGGCAACGAUAUUGAUUCGUUAUACAACAUGGUACCGUUCUUGGAUAGUCAUGUCCAGGUAGUGAGCCAUGAGACGGCUAUUGACAUGGCCCUGCAACGAGGGGCCAAGCGAGAGGAGACCCACCCGCAAAACAACGACCUUAGCGGAGGCGUGGAAUCAUUGGCGGAGGAUUUCUAAUCUGGAUUGGUUCAAACCCAGAUCAUUAGGGAGAAAGCAAGAACUGAUGGAACCGGCUGUGGUGCCUGCAAUUAAUUGAAGACGGAUAGUCAUGUCUGCAUACACAAACUACGUAUUGGAUGCUUUUCGUGACUCGGAGCUUGGGAUCAAGCGGUACGAGACAUGAAUGAGUAAUCAAGUUAGGAGGCAUCGGGAAAUUGCUCACGCCGCUCCAUGAUUCUUGGCUCUCAGUCAGGUGACAUCGUGAAGUGAAUAUCUACUGCACGAGGCUAGGCAACUCUUAACGAUGCUAGCUACUACUCGAGUAGCUAUUAAUAGUAAUCAUACUUCCAGUUUCCGAGACCCAC